AUGGAUGCUAGGCUAUACUUGAAGAGCUACGGGUGGAAAGAUGGCCAGGCGCUUAAACAUGGUGGCAUUAAAAAGCCGAUUUUGGUGAAGCAUAAGAAAGACAAGAAAGGACUUGGGUCUGAUGGAAAAGACACUGAUGUAUGGUGGGAGCGUCUAUUCGACGGCCAGUUGAAAAGCCUAGACGUAAGUAAUGGCACUUCUGGUGUGGUUUUUGAGACAAAUUCUGAGCUGGCAGCACUUCAUCUUCGAAGAUCAAUGUCUCCCUUGUACAAGAUGUUUGUGAAGGGAGAAGGACUUGCAGGUACCGUGGGAAGCACUGAAAAUGCUCAUGUGAAAACCAAGAUAGAUAAUAAAGCUGCUCUUGAGGCAACCGAGAAGAUGCUACUGCAAAGUAAGGAUGUGAAGGAGUGUAAGGAGGAAAAGAGCAAAAAAAAAGGAAAGAGCGAUAAGAAGGACAGAAAGGAGAAGAAGGAGAAAAACAGUAGGAAAGAGAGAAAAGAGAAGAAAAAGAAGACUAAGGAUGGAUUAGAAAAGGAAGGGAAAUUGAAGAAUAGUAAAGACGAGACCCGACUUGAGUCCUCCGAGCUGAAGAUUAAAGACGAGAAGAAGAGCCGAUCCAAGGAAAAGAAAAAGUCAGACAAGCUGAACUCCAAGAAGCGGCUGAGUGAUGAUAAUAAGGACAGCGGAAAGGUCCUCAAAAGCAAAAAGUUGUAA